CAUCGUUCUUCAUUUAUCCCGCACUAACCAAACAUUUGCUUUGCGAUACACGUGAAAUGUCUCUAAAGAACCAAACAAAAUAGAUAAUAUAAUGAAAAAUAUAUGUGAUAAUAUUUAAAUUCGUGCUUACAGUAUGAUUUAUUUGAUGGUCACUUCUUUGUAUAUUCAAAGUUGGAAGACACAAUUAUACAUUAUAUAUUAGAAUUUAAUUUAUGUAAUAUUAAAAUAUAAUCUUAAGCACAUUACAUUCACUUGUGAACACGAGGAAUAUUUUAUUGUAAAACAUGAAUCUGUUACCAAAAACACAUGAAGAAUUUAGUCAUGCGGAUUAUUGGAACACAUUCUUUAAAAAACGUGGCAAAAAAGUGUUCGAAUGGUACGGUGAAUAUCCAGAAUUAUGUGAAAUACUUGUAAAAUAUAUAAAAAUAAAGGAUGAUAUUUUGAUUGUUGGUUGUGGAAAUUCUACAGUGAGCAUGUCUUUGUACGAUGUUGGUUACAGAAAUAUCAUUAAUAUUGAUAUAUCACAUAUUGUUAUCAAACAAAUGCGUGAUAUAAAUAAAAGUGCAAGGCCAAACUUGAUAUACGAACAUAUGGAUGCCACAAAAAUGACAUAUCUUGAUGAAAAAUUCAAUGUAAUUCUUGAUAAAGGUACAUUAGAUGCUUUAAUGCCAGAUACCAAAGAGACAACUAUAUCUACAAUUGACAAAUAUUUCAAAGAAAUCACACGAGUGUUACGAAAUGGUGGCAGAUAUAUCUGUAUAUCAUUGCUACAGGAACACAUCCUACGAAAACUCUUAUCUUACUUUCCUGCUUCGGGUUUUAUGUUCCGCAUAUCACGAUGCCACGAAGCUGAAUCAAAGGCGCGUUUAGAGGAUGGCAGUUUGGUGCCAAUUUUUGUGAUCAUUGCUACAAAGUUUGUCAAAUUAACCCAAACCGUCCUUGAAAUAGCACUGGUCGAUGGUCCACCUGAACGAUUAUCUUCGACGGAUGAUAUGGUAUCCGCAAUAUUGUCCGCACAACAAUCGGCAUUAGUGUGUAAUAGUCUUUACAAGAGAAGCGUUGCCGAUGUGGGCGAAAUAUCCUUGGAUCUGCAUCGUCCAGGUGAUAAGCAUCCACGAUAUACUGUUUAUGUUCUCGAUCAACCACGUACACACGGAACGAAAACAUAUGCGGCUUUCAUUGUUCCGCAGGGAAAAGAGAUGGACUGGUUGUUUAGUACGAAGGAAGGACGACAGCAAGUUCUAAAAAGUGCGAAACACGACAGACUUGCGAUAGUGACUUUACGUAGAGAACAUAAAUUUGAAAGUUGGGAUGCUGUGAAAACUGAGUUACAAGACUGCAUACGCAAUCUAGCACCAGCUGGCUUGUGUGGUAAAAAUAAUAUUCCUUUUUUGUCUUUGGGCUCCGACGUUGGAACUCGAACUACUUGUUACGAAGGAAAGAGCGACAUCAGCGGAUCAUUCAUUGUCGAAGAGGUGGAGAAAGAUGGUCACGAAUUCAGACGCAUUAUAUUUUUGAACAAUCCAUAUGUUAUUCAAAGUGAAGCUAGACUAAAAGAAGCAAAAUCUAGACGUGGUAAAACGAAAAAAGUUAUCGAUCCUGGAUUUUUGGCUUGUCAACAUCACAUUUAUAUGAGCGCUGGCGUAAAUGCAGUGAUAGAUACAAAAGAAGAGCAGGAGAUUAUAAUUAUAGGACUUGGAGGUGGUGCUCUUUGCACAUUCUUACAUCAUUGCUUCCCCAAAUUAAAAAUCACUGCAGUUGACAUUGACAAUGCGAUGCUAAAAAUGGCUACCGAAUAUUUCAAUCUUAUUCUUGACGAUAGGAUGAAAGUCGAGAUCGCGGAUGGAAUUCAAUUUAUUAAAGAUGCUGCGACACGUGAGAAAAAGUAUAAGGCAAUACUCUUCGAUGUCGAUAGUAAAGAUACUACUGUCGGAAUGAGUUGUCCGCCUAAACAAUUUCUCGAAUUAUCACUAUUAAAAACAGUUACAACAUGCUUAACGGAGGACGGUCUUUUUAUCUUGAAUCUAGUUAGCAGAGAUAAGAAUUUAAAACAGAAAGCAAAAGAUGAACUGAACUCAAUAUUUCAAUCACUCGCCUAUUACACCAUUCAAGAUGAAGUAAACGAAAUCGUUAUGUGCUCCGUUGAGAAACAUGAUUCAAAAGAAUGGAAAAACAAAUUCGAACUCGCCGCUAUAAACUUGAAUAAGCAAGCGGCUGCGAGAAAAUUAGUUUCUUUUAAAGAAGCAUUUAAUGUCUCUACACUUUUAGAAAACUUAUCAAUGAAAUCCUAAUCAUUUCAUAUAAAUGUAUUUUUUUCAUAAUAAAAUUAAAAAUACAAUUUUAA